AUGCUCGAAACAGGCCUAGGGCUCGAUGUCGCCGGGGGCUCUGGUUUCGAACCUUUCGGGCAAAAUAUGAGCUUUAAGCGCUAUUACGGCUCGGGGAGAUACCACCUCCCAGCUCCUAAGACCGCCGCCCAAAUCAUCCGCCCCACACUCCAAGUCCGGUGGAAAUCGAAGGAGCCCAGCACUUUUGCCGGCAACACCCCGACCGGUCAUAUCCUUAACGCUCCUAACGAGCAAGUCGUCACGGCAGUUUACUUUCCCUUUGUCGACCCCGCGAUCGUCGGCAAGACCUGCCGACUCGCAUUCCGCCUCUCUCAGGAUGACUGGAUCGUCGGCCCCCAGAAUCAGCCCGUUGUGUUUGAUGUCUACCGCCUCGCCUCGUGCCUCAAUGACAAGUACAGUUGGGGAAACAGAAUCCCUCGCACCACUCAUAUUGGUGUGCUUACACCUACCAAGGGGCAGCAGGCAGCCUGGGAGGGCGUGGAUAUGAGCGGGGACACAACGCUUCCUGUGAUGGGAUCGGCACCCGAGUUCCCCUGUGCACUGGGCGAGUACAGCUUUGAGCUUGUUGCACGUCCCGGCACCAAUAUCGGCUGGAACAGCGCCCGCGGAAGCGGUCUUACUAUUGAAAUUGAUAGCUAG